ACGUCAGCAUGUUUACCCGGAAAUGCGAACUUAUUUUCACGGCUGCUGGUUUAAUCUUGAAUUUGUCUGCAAUUUCUUCGCGUUUCAUUACAUUACAUGAAACUUGUAUGCAUUCCGUAACCUAAGGUAUGUUAAUAUGUACAGUGGUCUUCUGCCUAAGGGUUUAACAGAAGAAGAGCUGAGUCCAGACGACGAAGAAGAGGAGCAGGAGAAUAAAGCCGGAGAAGAGAGGGGGAGUCCUGCAAGGGACAAUGAUGGCUCUCUGGCAGGAACGCGAGCAAACGCUGUCAUCAAUGCCAGCAUCGAAUCGCCUAUAUGCAACCUGCCUGGUAUAUCCCAGGAAAUGUGGCAAAAAUUCAAUGAGCUCCGUGGAAAGAAAGAUGACAUGAAGACGCAGGGGAAAGGGAAAAGACGGCGACGCAAAAAAGGAACAAAAAGCGAAGAGCCAAUAGAGACAAGGUGUCAGUGGCAGGAGAAGUCGGAGAAGCACUGGGAUGGGCUUAAGCAGUAUUUUGGUGUAAAUGAUCGAUUUUAUCCCCCUGCAAGUUCCAACCCCCCACAGAAGUCCGGCCUAGAAAAGAGCAUAGAGACGGCCAUAGCUGAAGGGGACGUUGCAAAGGCGGAGGAGAUGAGCGACAGACUCGCCACUCGAGAGCUGGCUGUGAAAAUCGCUGAAGCCACUGGUUGCCGUGAUUAUGUGCAGUGCAAACAGGAAGAGGAUGCUUUGAGGGCAGCGAAGAAAAGGAAGAAACAAAUAGCUUGGGGGUUUGAGGCAAAAAAGCGUUGGGAAACCAAAAGCAACAUGGGCUACAUGUGACCAACAUGGAUGGGAAAAAGAUGUUGUAUUUUCACUUAAAGGACCCAUUGCGUCUAAAUGACUUACAUUUCACCAACGAGUUCACUUAUGUAUUUUUUGCUCCUGAAAAUUAAUCUGGCAUUCAUUUAGUGUGCUCAAAAAACCACCAGGUAGCAUCUGUAAGCAGAUAAUACGCACCAUGCUUUCUUUUUCAGACUUAUCAGGUCAGUAGUGCAUUCUUCGAGCAUUCCUCACUCAAGCUUCAAGUAAUGGAUAAGGCAAACAUUAACCCAGACCCACUAUAUGAGCAAAAAUAAAUAAAAAUUCCGGAAGGACUUCCCUGCUCUUCUAUUUCCUCUUACAUAGACACCAUAGCCUGUGUUUUCUCAUGGUCUUUCAGCAUUUUCUCAAGCAUCUUGACAAAUACAUCAGUAAAAGAAGUCACAAAAUAAAAUACUAGCAGCUUA